AUGCUGCAAAACUUCAAACUGCUUUCUCGGAACGAGACUAUCGACAGGGAAGUCGACCCCUUCACAAAGAGAAACUCUAGCAUGCCUAGUCCAUCGCCUUGUUUCGGCUUCCCAUUGUCAUUAUUCUUGCGAUUUAUGUUGUUUGCAUCCAUACUCUUUGCAACCGUCCAAGGACAAGAAUGUGUUGCUGAUGGCGGUGUUUGUGACAGCCACCUAUUGUGUCCUGUUUGGAAAAAGGAAGGAAAAUGCAAAAAGGAUCCUGAGCACAUGAAAAAGUACUGCCCAGCCUCAUGUUAUGCCCCUGCCCCCCUUACUCAAACGGAAGACGAACUCAUUGAACAGACCACACAGUUUGGAGUCCCACAAGAAGCUGCAGGAGAAACAAAAGAACGAACCAUGGAGGUUAUUUUGCAAUCGAUUGACUACAUGAAAAAAUUGAACGCUGGAACCGCUCGUCUCACGAAAUGUGCCAACAAACACGAGCACUGUUCCUUCUGGGCAACAGAUGGCGAGUGCGACAAGAAUUAUGCUUGGAUGAAGAAGAACUGUGGUCCAGCAUGUGGAAAUUGUCACAAGUUCCAAAUAUCCCGCAAAACUACAUGA